ACGCACGUUUUGAAGUUCCGCUAGAAAUUGUAUAAAACCAUGCUCAUUUCCCGUAACGAGAAAAAGGACAGGCCGACACGUAUUGGCGACGAACGCCGUCGGCCGAAGUCGUCCAAAUCGCCUCUUCAAAAUCGUUGAUAGGCACACCGGGAUCAUGUUCCUGGUUGAUACCGGGGCGGAAGUUAGCGUGAUCCCACCGGUUCCAGGCGACGCGACUAAGCCACAGACAACCAACUUGCGUGCCGCUAACGGCACCGCUAUCCGAGUUUUCGGUCAACGCUCCCUUACCAUUGAUCUCGGACUACGACGUCCCUUUCGAUGGAUUUUCACCAUCGCUGCUGUUCCAUUUGCUAUAUUGGGUAUUGACUUCCUCCAACACUUCGAUCUUCUCGUCGAUGCGCGUCAUCGCAAACUCGUUGACCAAAAGACCCAGCUUUUCACAUGUGGAGUUCGCACACCUUGUGUUUCUGUCACUCCCAUUUACAUUCAGCCUGAAGCUGAUAAGGAAUUUUUAGAUCUGUUCAGACAGUUUCCGCAGCUCGUCCGCUCAGCUGACGCUACUCUUCCGGUCGCAUCUAGCGUUACGCACCAUAUACGAACCCGUGGCCCACCGGUUUCUGCACGGCCACGACGUCUCGCCCAUGAUAAGCUAAAAGCCGCUAAGGCGGAAUUCGAGCACAUGCUCGAACUUGGUAUCAUCCGUCAUUUUCGUCCUUUUCUAGAGGGCAGAAGCUUUACCGUCUUUACUGACCACAAACCUUUAGUUUAUGCCCUCGACUCGUCAUCGACCUUAACGCAAUCUACAGAGCCACCUGUAACGACGCCCAGCUUUACAGCUCCACCACAAUCCCAG